GAAUUGGACACAGGUGCAAAUUGCAUUCGGUAUUUUACACCCGAAACGAGAGACCCGCCACUGCACGACUGUUCGUAGUUGUCUGCGUGAUUCUCAUAGGAGAUGUAAACACAAAAUCUGCAACAUCGUUGAUGUAAAACAUGGCUGGUCUUGAAAGGUAUCCAAUAUUGCCAGACGAUAGCCAACGUACAUGGGAAAGAAUAUAUGAAAGUGCUGAAGUAAAUAAUGAGUUUCGAAAUUUGGCACAUGAUAUUUCGCAGCCCACGGAAAGGUUUAAGCCGGAGCGUCCUACCUCAUUUCCCGAUGAUGAUGUUGCGGUACGGAAAUAUAUUGGUGCUGGAGUGGGGUUAGCCAGUCUUAUAACAGAAAAUUUACUUAGUCACCCAUUUGUUGUCCUGCGUCGUCAAUGCCAGGUCCACAACAACUCUGUUCGGUAUCACCUCCUGCCUGUCACACUGCUGCCUGUGAUGGUCCACUUACACCAACGGCAAGGUUUCACAACGCUAUGGAAGGGGCUAGGCAGUGCCUUGCUUGUCAGAGGAAUGACCUUGGCAGUUGAGGACAUUAUCAGUAAAGUUACACCGUGGCCUAAGGAAAUAACAUGGAAUAGUUCACUGAAAUCUAUUGGCCAACACAUCUUACUGAAAUGUGUCAGCCUAGCUGUGGUGACACCAUUCUACUCUGCGAGCCUCGUGGAGACUGUCCAGAGCGAUAUCGCCAGUGAAAAGCCUGGUGUGCUUGAUGUCUUCCGUGAAGGCUUUUGCCGUCUGUUGAGUUGGAGUGCCCCUCAGAAAGGUCGCAUGCUGCCAGUGUGGGCCCUUGUUGUUCCUACAGUUGCAUACGGUCUAUUCCGAUAUUUUUUCACCUUGAUUGUACGGGGAACUACUAGCAGGCUGCUGCAUAUCUCCCACAAAUACGAACAGAGAAAACAGGGAGCAUUGUCACGGGAAGUGACUACUCAAGCUGCCUCUCAAGACAUUGAACUGCAUGCUGCACUUUUUGCAGUAUUUGCAGCAGAUGUUGUCUUCUUCCCUCUGGAAACAAUACUACACAGGUUGCACCUACAAGGCACUCGAACUAUUAUUGACAAUCUAGAUACGGGCUUGGAGGUGAUGCCAAUACUAACAAAUUAUGAAGGAGCUGCUGACUGCUAUCGUGCAACCCUGGAACAAGAAGGCACAAUCGGUCUUUACAAGGGCUUUGGUGCCUUGUUACUGCAGUAUGCUGCACACCUUGCCGUUGUGCGUCUGACUAAGAUCACACUCACGAGGCUCUCUGUUUUAUUCCCUCGUCAGCCCCCAAGACAGUCCGCACCUCCAGAAAAUCCUGUCACAACGGGACGAGGUUCAUCUCACAGUUAUGCGGGGUCCUUCAGACAAUGAUUAAUAAAAGAAAUAGUUAAAGAUUUUGUACUGCAGCAAGUUGUACUGUUUGUACUUUGAUUAUUGUACAUACAAAAGUAUUUUGUAAAUAGCUGUUACAACAAUCAUUGUAUUUGUUGCACAUUUCAAUAUUAUUUACAGGAUUCCUCACCAAGUUUUGGUAUCCUUAGAACAUGGCCCUCCCAUGUUGAUUAAGAUAACACUUGUAUGUGACCAUUGUGUGCAGCAGAAAAAUGAUGAUCAUGUAAAAAUGCAGUCUUGCACUGAUGAAAUUUAAUAUAAUAUUGUUGGGCUUCCAGUCACAUGUAGUUGAUAAACCUGCAUAAUCUUACAGCAUCAUUCUCAUCAAUUACUGUAAAAUAGUUUUGAUUGACUGUCGUGUCAUUGACAGCAAUGUCUUUGUGUAAAGUUGCUACCAGCAUAUCACAACCUAUAGCAAUAUCUGUAUAAGGAAAUACCAAAAACUACACGAGAGCUGGUUGCUAUCACGUUGACAAUAGUUAGUGUGUAUGGCCAUAAAGAAAGAAUUUAAUGCAACUGGAAGCCCAAGAUAAUUAUAUGAAAAUGAUUUGGGAAAAAAAAAACACAUACAAUGCUGGGAGAGAGAGAGAGAGAGAGAGAGAGAGAGAGAGA